AUAGACACAAGAAUAAGAACCAAAGGACCAGAUAAAAAACGGGCGAGGGAAUUACAACGACAGAGACAAGAAGCGGAGAAAAGUGGGCGGGCCCCGUCUGGGUUUGGUGGUGGUGGGUUUGGCAGCCCCUCGUUUAAUAGAGGUGAUACAACAACUGUCAUUGAUACCACUCCUGUAGAACCUACAAAAUCAUCAUACCAAGCACCAAGUCGACCAUCAGGUAAAGGGAAGGCAAUGGACUUGAGAAGCAAAAAGAAAGAUGUUGAUUCAUUUGUAGGACAGCUCAUGUCAGAAGGAGAAAAGGUAACCAGUGUAUCAUCUAGUACAAAUAAAGCUUUAGCAAAAGUUGCAACUCCUGCAAUCAACCAGGAAGGUAUUCAUAUACGGAUAGAGGAAGAUAUCUCAGUAACAGCAGGUAGAGAUGGAGGCUUACAGAGUUUGGAGUUACAUGGCAUUGUGAAACUGAAAAUAAAUGAUGAGAAGAUGGGUAGAGCUUUAAUAAAUGUUGUAAAUGAGGACAAAAAAGGAAUUCAAAUGCAGACACAUCCAAACAUAGACAAGAAAUUGUUUGCGUCUCAAUCAGUGCUAGGACUGAAGAAUCAGGAUAAACCAUUCCCUGUUGGACAAGAUAUAGGAGUGCUCAAGUGGAGAUUUAGUACACAAGAUGAAUCAUACAUGCCAUUGUCAAUAAAUUGCUGGCCCAAUGAGAGUGGCAAUGGAUGUGACGUGAACAUAGAAUAUGAACUUGAACAACCAAAUCUUGAACUAAAUGAUGUCCUUAUUUCUAUACCUAUACCGUAAGUAUCUCGAGC